GCACCACACGCGGCGCAAACACCACGCCAUCUGUUCACAGUUCACUUGUAGUCUGGUACCUCUCGCACUCGGCGGAGGAAAGCAAAAACCCUCCUAGGAAUCGAAAUCGAAAGCGACGCGAGUGAAAUCGCGGAAUCACGAGCACGCGAAACUCCAUUUCCUCUCCUCCUCUCUGACAUAGUCACCGAUCCUCCUUGCUGAUCUUUUUUUUUUUUGAUUUUUUGCGGCUUUUUCGGUGGUUUUUUUUUGUUUCGUUUCAGGAGCGCGCGGCCUCGGCAGUUUCGCGGAGUCUGGUUUUGGACUUUGGAGUUUCGCGGCUUGGAGAAGGGUGGUGUGCGCUAGGCCCUGCCGAGAUCUCUAUGCGCGAUUGUUGGUACAUGAAGUUCCAUCUGUCACUAUGUCAACAUAUCCUGUGCUGAAUGACCAGCCAAUUGAUCAGUGGAAGGUCACUGAGUUGAAGAAUGAGCUCCAGAAGAGGAAUCUGCCUAUCAAAGGUUUGAAGGAUGAUCUUGUGAAGAGGCUCUUUGAGGCCAUUCAGGGUGAGAUAGUUGAUGGUGGGGAACGAACACAUGGUGGAACUCCCCUGGCUGAGGAGCUGAAAGGGGGUGAAACUCCUGGUCCUGUUGAUGCAUCUGUUUACCAGGCUUCAGUGGAACAAAAUGUCGAUGAAGAUCCUUCUGAGGUUACAAAACAGGGUGAAUAUCCUGUUAUCUCUGUUACAGAAGCUAGUAAUGAAAGUUUAGUUGCUACUACAGAAGUUAGUCAGGAGGCUGUCGUUGGUACUGCGGAAGUUAGUCAGAGAACUUUGGAUGCUGUUGCAGAAGUUGAGGCUCCUCCAGUCGAUGUGGCACUGGCAGCAACUGAUGAAAAUCACUGUGAAACUAAUGGAGUUGGCAUAGAAUCAGCUUCAAGUGGCAAUACUAUAGUGAAGGAAGUACAUCCACAUUCUGAAGGUGUCGUUGAUACUAUUGAGAAGACCCCAGAAGACACCAGUAAGAAAAUGGAUAUUGAUGAUGUACCGUCUGAUGUUACCAGGAUUAACAUCAAGUUAGGCGUUGAUGUGGACAACAAAAUUCUAGAACAAGAAGCAGUAACCACACCUGGUAUUAUCACAUUGCAUGCUGAUCGUAGGGAUUCUGAUGUUGCAGCUGCAGAGGCAGAAGAUGACACUAGCAAAAAAAUGGCUAUUGAUGAUGUACCGUCUGACUUUACCAGUUCUAAUGUCAAGUUAGCUGUCAAUGUAGAUUGCAAAACCGAACAUGAUGAAGUACCCACACAGCCAAAUGCCAUUGCAUCACAUGCUAAUGUUGUUGCGACUUCAGAGAGUGCGAUUCCUGAAAACAAUUUCAGUGAGAAUACUUUUAUAUAUGGCAAGGAUCAUGAAGAUCCGAAGCACACUAAUGGGGAUUGCAAGACCAUCCUAUGUGGACCAAAUGACCAGGUACCUGAGGUCAAACCUGAUCUAGGGUCUCAAAUUAAGUGUGUGUCGAUUUCUCAUGAUAAUAUAUCGAACCUGAAUGCUGACAAUUCCGACUUAGAACUAGAGUCUAAGCAGGAGAUGGUCAAACCAUCAUCUACCAUUCCCUCCGUAGGUGAUGAUUUGCUGGCAUUGGACGAUGACAAAGAGAUGCAUAAGAGCGGGACCUCUUUGCAAGAAUUAGGAUCUACAACUAAUAUAAACUUGGACAGAAAAGAGGAUAGCCCUGAUGGUAGUUCUCCUGAGAAACUGAAUUUAGACGGGAGUUCAGGUGAUGAAUCAAUGGAUGAGGAUAUGAUGGAAAGCAAUCAUUCCGAUUCCAAUAUGAAAUCUGAUGAUCCCAGAGGAAAGACUAAGGUUACCUCACACCAUGUGUUAAAAGAGCUGACCCUCCUUGAUACCGUCACUGAGGGUUUCUCUGCACAUACUGAGGAAGUUGUGGCUGAAGAGAAGCCACCAACUCCAACUGAAAAGAGGAAACUUGAAGAUCAAGAAGUUGCUGCAAGUUAUGAGCAAAGCAAACGUCAAUGCCAAUGGAAUGCAGACACUGUCAAUAUUUCUGACCAACAAGCAUCCACACUAACUGGCACUGGUACUCGGAAGGAAGUCUUUCGGUCUGCUCUGAAACGUUCUUUUGGCAGGUCUGAUUCAACAAGUGGAGAUUCUGCAAAGGAGCGGAUUGUACCACCUCCUCAAAAACCAGCAACAACUUCCUUAAGAAUUGAUCGAUUUGUGCGCCCAUUUACUCUGAAAGCUGUGCAAGAGCUUCUUGGUAAAACUGGAUCUGUAUGUAGCUUUUGGAUGGAUCAUAUCAAGACCCACUGCUAUGUUACAUACUCUUCAGUGGAGGAAGCUGUGGCCACCAGGAAUGCUGUUUACAACCUCCAAUGGCCUCCAAACAACUGCAGUUACUUGGUUGCUGAAUUUGUUGAUUCACAAGAGGUGAAGCUCAAACAUGAACUCCCUCGCCCAUCUCAAGUGCCUAUCAGUCCCGUCACCGCUACAGCACCAAAGACAGCAUCACCGUUCCAACAAUCCAAGGCUAACCAAACCAUACCUUCCCAUGCUGCUGCUGCUUCAAGGGGGCUGUUGCCCACUCCACGUCUUGCCAAGCCAACUCCUACAUCUGACCCUGGACCAGCAAGAGAGAGGCUUCCUCCCCCUCCAAAGAAGCCGGAACCUGCCUUGACACUUGAUGAUCUCUUCAAGAAAACACAAGCCUAUCCGAGGAUUUACUAUACUCCCUUGUCCGAAGAGGAGGUAUCAGUUAAGCUUGCAGCUCGUGACAAAGGAAAGAGGGGGUAGCGGGCUCUAGUUUGCUGCUCCAGCUGGUAUUUUGGUGUCUUGUGUUGGCUCUUCUGUUUUUAAGUGAAAGUUGCUGGAAGAUCCUACGUAGGAUGAUAAACAGAUUCUCUCCUCGUACCUGACUCCAUCAGUAGGCCGCUAAAUACAUUUUGGUGGUAUUGUGUGAAAAGACAGGGAGUAGUUCUUGUGAGGGAAGGCCUGUUUACGUACGUGGUAUUUUGGGGGUUUUUGGAGAGUGCCAUGGGCCAUUGUUUUCUCGAAGGUACCAAAUGUUGGGUUUUUUUUGGGUACGAGAGAUUGUAAAUGCAGCAGGUUGUCAGAGCAUUGCACUAAAACUCGUUGAGUUCGUAUCCCUGCUGCUCUCAUUGCGCUACAAUGUAGGAGCAUUUCCAUUGUACUCGCCUUGACGAUUCAACAUCCACUAUGGUUCUGACGUGGAAUGCAGUGUUCUGUAGCCCAUAAGUGCGUUC